AUGUCAUCUGCACAGGAACGACUUUCGGCGGUCGCCAACCAGUUGUCGGCGUCCCCGCGGCAACAAUUGCUAGCGAAGAACCCGGAUGAUGUGGUCAUCACCUACUUGGCCCGGACGCCGCUCACCAAGGCCCGAAAGGGGGGUCUGAAGGAUACAACCCUGGACGACCUGUUGAUUUCGCUGUUGUCGACCGUCCGAGAAAAGUCCCAGAUUGAUCCCAACUUGGUGGAAGACGUUUGCGUUGGCAAUGUGCUGGCUCCUGGCGCAGCGUAUGUCGCGCGCUCGGCGGUUUUGGCUGCUGGCUUUCCAGCCACCGCAGCAGCAUCUAUUGCGAACCGGUUCUGCUCAUCCGGCCUGCUCGCAAUCCAGAAUAUCGCAAAUCAGAUCAUGGCCGGGUCGAUUGAUGUUGGUAUCGCAGUAGGAGCGGAGAGCAUGAGCACGAAUGCAGACGGCGGUGCGCCCGAGAUGUCGCAGCGCAUCACCUCCCACCCGCUCGCGUCGCAGAACUCGCAGCCCAUGGGGCAGACCUCGGAGAAUGUCGCGGCUCAGUUCAACAUCUCGCGAGAACAACAUGACCGCUUCGCAGCGGCGAGUUACCAAAAGGCUGAGCGGGCACAGAAGGCAGGCUGGUUCAACGAGGAGAUCGUACCGGUUAAGACUCACAUCAAGGAUCCCAAGACUGGGGAGGUCAAGGAAAUUGUCGUCGAUGGCGAUGAUGGAAUCCGCUAUGGCACUACCGCUGAAGGGUUGGGUAAAAUCCGCGCGGCAUUCCCUCAAUGGCAGCCCAGCGCGACUACCGGGGGCAAUGCGAGCCAGAUCACCGACGGCGCCGCUGCAUUGGUGCUGAUGAAGCGAUCCAAGGCUUUGGAGCUUGGGCAGCCUAUUGUAGCCAAGUUCUGCGGAGCUACCGUGGCUGGGCUGGAACCACGCAUCAUGGGCAUUGGUCCCUCUAUUGCAAUCCCCAAGAUUCUGAACAAAUUUCGAUUGUCCAAGGAAGACGUGGAUAUUUUUGAGAUCAAUGAAGCCUUUGCCUCCAUGGGUGUUUACUGCGUCGGGAAGUUGGGCCUCGACGAGGCUAAGGUGAACCCUCGAGGUGGAGCUAUCGCCUUUGGCCAUCCUUUGGGUGCGACUGGUGCACGCCAAGUGGUCACUGCUCUCGCGGAACUGCGCCGACAAGAUAAACGUGUCGCGGUGACGUCGAUGUGUGUUGGGACAGGCAUGGGCAUGGCGGGUAUCUUUGUAUCGGAGCAUUGA